ACUCUCCUGCUGCUUUACAGUCUUCAUGUUUUACAGUGAGGCUGAGCUGCUCGUCAUCUUUUAAAGAGGACAGGUUACAUUAGGUGUGUCCAGGUUUAAACAUUAAACUUCAUCCAAUGACGUUCCUCUGCUGAACACUGAAAAUUUCAUUUGAGCUUCUGCAGCUUUCUUUUCCGUAUCCUGAGAUGUUGGAGAAGGUUUUCUUGCUCAUCUGUUUGUCGUCUGCUCUGGCAGAGCAGCUCUGUAAACCAGGUGAGUGAACAUCUUCAAACCUUUUUAAUUCAAAUCUAUCUCCUGACUUAUUUUGUAUAAAUAUUCUACUUUUACUCAGAUAAAACUGGCGCUGUUACUGUGAGGCCUUCAGUCUGCUGUUACGUUGUUUCCUCUCAUAAGAGGAAUGCAGAUUAACCUUAAAGUCAGAUUAGGCACAUAACUCAAAUGUUUGCCUCUUGACAAUGACCUCCCUUUGACACCAGCUUUCACACUGAAAUACUGGCUGAUCUUUUAGCCAUUUUUCUACAGCUCUGCCAGAAUAAAAUAAUACAACCUUUCAGCAUUUUCCGUCUCAUCUCUAAGACUAAAAUCAACAAAAAAACACUAUUGAUUUUCAGAUCAAAAUAGAGCUCUUGUGUCAAAAUAAAAUGAGAGUUGAUUUGUGUCAAAAGCAGGUCAGUCAGAGUAUUUCAACAAGUUUUCAGGAUGGCAGUGUCUUCUUGAUGUGUUUUCCAUCGUUUCAUGCCCAAGUGGUUGUUUUUCUCACAGUUUUAUUGGACUUUUCAAGGUCCUGUACUGCACCAGGCUGUUAUUUUUCAGAGAGAAAAACUUUAAAUUGUUGUGUAGCAAUAGAAAACUUUAGAAGUUCAUUUCAGGACUCUGAAGGGUCAAAUCUGCUUCGUAGUGUAAAAGAUCACAAACACAUGCAAACUUUUGCGAAAUGAGAGUUUCUUUGAGAGGACUGAUUAUGUUCACUUCCUGUUUGCUCAGCAGAGUGAAUAAAAAGUCUGGCCCAAUUCAACAAAAGCAAAACAAUUUUUACAUUCAGGUGAUUAAACUCUGAUGUCCUCAUGAGUAUAUUAUAUUCCAUUUCUACGAAGUCUAUUCUGCUGAAUGCUGUUAAUAUUACAGCGCACCUUUAACAGUAACAGAGACAGGAAACUCUCUGUACUGGUUGGCUGUACUGACGCCAAUGAUUUUUUUUUUUCAGCGCUCCUGAAUAAGGGAAAGAAACUAAUGACAGUGCUGACAGACAAAACCCAGCACUUAGCAUCUGGAAAUCUGCCUCCAUUCAUUGAGUCAUACAUACUACACCUUGCUGCACAGAGUACUCUCGGACCCUCAUGUCCCAAAUGAGGCAGACAGUACCACAUUUUUGAACUUUUAUCCCUCAUUACACCACAUCGUGCUCUACGGCUGAGGUGAUCAACAGGUGUAGGCCCCGUGUAACUGUUUCAACCUUAAAAAAAGUUUGCUUAAAAAGUUUGAGCAGUACUUAGCUUGAGGCAACAUUUCCCAAGUGGUGACCACCUCAGUUGGGCUUUUAACAUCACAUAGACUAUGGCCAUAUUUUAUACUGUCUAUGAUUUGAACAAGUGCAUCCUGUAGGCACACACACUCUAUUUUACAAAUUGUUGCUGUGUUAGAUUUUUUUUUAAUCACAUCUGCUUGUGAGCUCUCUAAAAUUUCACCUAUGUAAAUGUUUAUGAAAGCUGUCUAAAUCAUGUGUUUGUGGUCUUUAGGUUUAUAUGAAGUAGAAUUUUUUUUUCACCACACAUUCCCUGAAGAAAAAAAACCCCUCAGAUUUGAAACUGUCCUUUUUUUGUCUAAAUCUGACAAGACGAUGACUGAGAGUAUCACAUUUUCUUUGUAUUGCAAAUGUAACAAAAUGUUGUGAUGAAAUUUAUGCGUUACUUUGAAGAAAUCAGCUCUCUUCUGAGAAUAAAAUGUGACUGAGGCCUGGAGUUGAAUCUGUUUUUAUCUCUGUAGAUGCUGCGGAGGGCUACAAAGUGCGACUCAGCAUCAAAACUGCUCUUGACGAUCAAGCAGUGCGUAUAUCUUUAAAUAUUCAUCUGCCUCCACAAAACGAUCAUAGCCUCUCAUCACCAAGAGCUGUUUGAAGCUUUACUAUCUUCUAUGCUUUCUAUUACUGUUACACAUUAUUGAUUCACCACUGAUCUGUUAUAAAACUAACACUAGCCUGAGAAUUAGCAGUCUGCAAAUUUUUGCUCACUCAGUGUGGGACUUUAACCACAAGGCCAAGGUCCAUGUGGAGACAAGUUAACCUUUACAACCUUCCUGAAAGCAGCAUGUGAUCUUUCUCUUGUUGUUGUCAUCAUUGCAGUACAUGUGGGAUGACAAUGAAAUGUUCCUUUUCCGAUCAACUGUGGCGUAUGCCAUGAGGAGACAACUCCCGGGACAGCAAUUCAGGUGAGGAAACUUUAAGUGAUGAAACAGAGCAAUCAAGAAUCUAAAUACUGCUGUGUUUUUAGGAUGGCACUAUGACUGUAAAACUGUUAUGUAAUGUCUCUAAGUGUCUAUAAAAGCAGUGAGUCAUGGUUUAUGAACAUGAAACGACAAUAACCAGCACUUUAUGUUCCUGUGGAAUAUCCCCAGUGUACCGAACAUCGUUGUGUGUAAUGAGACUGCCAGAGUGUCCUUUUGGUUUGUGGUGAUGUCUCCAGACAUGGGGAGCCUCAUCCCGAAACAACAGGUGGAGAAGGCUGUCAGGUAAUCACAUGAUAUAGUGACACUGCAGCUUUAAAUCCCUGUUAAGAGAGUGUACUUACUAUACUUUUUCAUGUUCUGAUUCAUUGUGUUUGGUUCAGACACAGUUUUAUUCGGUUUUGUGUCAUCAUGUUAUCCAAGCCUCUCUGCAUCACUAUAAGAUGCUAUUUUGAUUUGGUGACAGUUAUGGUGAUAAAUGACCAAAAUCAACUAAGGGAAAACCUCUAACGUCAACAACAAACUUAGCUCAAUGUAGACUUUUGUCUGUUUAUUAUUUUUCUUUCCUAAGGAAAGAUAAACUACUUUAUAGAAUAUAUUUCAGUAACAGGACAAUUGAAGGUGCUUCAUCCAGGACAUGAAAAGAAAAUGACACAAGUCAGGAUAACAAAAAAAUUCAAGUCGAUAAAAAACAACACCUAAAACCAAAUAUAAAAAAUCAAACUAAAGAGAAAAUAACAACAGAAAAACAGAUGGUUAAAAUUUAAUGAGAUACUUUCAAGAAAGAUGUGAGAUAGAAGUUACAGUACAGAGUGGUAUAUUUGAAACAGGCAAUAUUUUAGAGAAAGGCCGCUGUAAACAGGUGAGUGAAAAACCUGAGAGUGUAAGCAGACUGAACAUUUGCUACUCAAUAAUUCUUCUAGUCUUUAUUUUGUAACUAAAGCACUGUUUUUAACAGAGACACAAAUGGUGGUAUUAAAGGAGAAACCUAUGUGGGGUGCAAAAAAUUAUGCAGCUCCUCUAGUGUCCACCGGGGGCUGUAUCCAAAAGAUAAGAAAUUACCACUGACAUCAAUGUUGAAGCGCCUCUUUUUACAGGAACGAUGAACAUUUUACAGCCUGAUAUAAAGAGUGGUUUUAAAAGUGUAGCUCUUUAUUUAGUCUGACACCGUUCACAAAGGGUGUUUUUUUCUAAGAGUGCGAACCUUUUGAUUUGAUCAAGGCUGUGUAAGACAUAAUUUGCAUAUUGCUGCCACCACGCAGAAACUUUUUGUUUUUCACAAAAUUAAACACCACAAGAGAUUCAAGUACAAGCUUUUUGAAAUACUUUCAUCCAUAGAAAGCAUACUGACAGACAUACAGCAUUAAAAGUAUAGUGCUGCAUUGUUACAAUGUAUUCUAGCAACAUUGAGGGAAACUGUCUUUUAAACGUUUUUUUUCUUUAAGUAAUUUUCAUCUGAUUUAACUCUGAGUGCACAGAAGUGAGUUAUUGUAUAAUUUGGUUUUAACUCAAAGUAUGGCCUUUUAAUUUUUCUUUAAACUAAUAUGCUGCCAAAGUUAAAUAAAACACUACUGAUAUAGACCCCAGUUAAUCUUAAUUAAAAGGAGUAAUAAAAAACAAGUCAUUCUCCUUCUGUAGUUUUUGGAGUACAGAGAGGUUUCUUUGGGCCCUUUUUAAUAAAUAAUGUCAGAGAAAAAGUAGGGAUGGACAUUCAGUAAAAUCCAUAUUUGUGCUUUUAGGUUAGGUCUGCAUGUAUUAUUUAUCUGCUCCAACUUGAAUAAUCAAAGCUAGCCCAAAUCUGAGGAAAAGAAAACACUUUUUUUUUUAUCAUCACUGAGGACUUAAAAUGUGUUAUUUUAUUUAAACUCAUCUGUUUCAAACACUUAGAAUCUUUAAAGAUAAAAAUAAAUAAAUAAAAAAUCUGCAGUGUCUGUCUGAAGGCAGUUUGAUUAAAACCAUCACGUUUUUACUUCUCCAACAGGAUGUCCAGGGGUCGCAUCAACAGUGCCUUCAUGCUGACUGAUCACACUCUGGAGUUUAUAGGGAUCGCCCCCACGCUGGCAUCACCCUACACACCUGACACCCCACCAUGGCUCAUCGUGUUCGGGGUGGUGAUGGGUGUGGUGGUCGCUGGCAUCAUCUUCCUUGUUGGGUCGUCUGUGGUCCAAAAGAAACGGUAAGCAGACGCUGAGACAGAGUAACUACAGUAGCCUGAGAGGCCAAAACACAACGCUAUGGAAGACUUAAAGCUCCUGCGAGGACUUUCUUUCUGGUUAUAAAUCAAAGGCAAAAGAUCAUCAGCUGUCAACUUAAACAGUUAUUCAUAAUAUGACACUUAGAGCCAAAAUGCUGCAAUAAAAUUGUGGCCAUAUAGGUCAACAAGUGAUCUGCGGGAUCUGAUAUUGCUCUUGCUUUUUGUGGCAGAAUCAAUUACUGCUGACAGGAGAUUUUGACCAAUCAAAACCAGCUAUUUUACACUGCUGGGAAACAUUUCUUUGAUUAUUUUCUGAAAGGUUUUCAUGUUUUAUGAGACGCUAAUGUAUUCUCUGAAAUGUUGUUUGUUUUGACCUUAAGCGCUGCAGCUGAUUGAACUCCCUCAGUUUUGUUUCCUUUUUCUCAUUCCAGCAAAAAGAAACAGAAAUCUACAGACAACAAUGCAGAGGUCAACGAAGAACACAGCGCUGUAAAUGAAGGCGUUUACAACAUGUCAUUCACAGAUGAAGAGCGAAUCACACGGAUUUAAAAGCAUCUUUAAAAACACUUCCAUGAAAGAAAAAAGAGGGUGAGAGAGGUUACGAAGCUACUCCGGGUGGACUUAGUUGCACUGAAGAAUCAAUCAUUUUUAGGUUGUUGUUGAUCCACAGUUUGUGAAUUAAAGCAGUGUUAUGAAUGUUAGGAUUUCAAUCGGUUAAGAGUUUCUUUGCUUUCCUUACCUGCUGCCUUACAGAAGAAACAAGCACACGAAGCUUUUAUGACGGUGAAAUGUUGUUCCACAUUUAAUAUUUCAAUUUUCUGCAUGAAAGGAUGAUAAAUUAAAGAUCCUCUGUGUGAGCGUAUUUCA